GCUAUAAGAAACAUUGCACUAAAGAGAAACAUCAGGCUUCGACAGAACACCGGAUCAAUAACAAUCACGGUUUAAUGCUAAAACACUUCUCACAGCUACUGCGGAGCAGUCACUUUCUGCAACCAGUUUGGCUCCUCCUACAAAAAACGUCAUCUGUCUAGUCAGACGACAACAUCGCUCUUCUUUCAUCUUAGGGCGAGGCAUCGUUCUUAUAAACAAGAUCCUCAACGAACUCACAAGUUCAUUCAUUCAGCUGCGAUACAGAAGAGAAGAUCAUUACGUUGUGAAAAUGGAGUCUUUGUCUACAGCAAACACACAAUUCUCUCUCAAUGUGUUUAAGAAGAUCAGUGAGAUAAACACUAGUGGAAAUGUCUUCUACUCUCCUCUCAGUAUCUCCUCGGCUCUGGCCAUGGUGUCACUUGGUGCUAAAGGAAACACAAAAGAUCAGAUCUUACAGGUUCUGUGUCUUAACAAAUCUGGACCAGAUACUGAGACAGCUGAUCAGCAGGAGGACCAAAUUCAUUCCAGCUACAACAAACUCAUGAGCGAGUUGAACAAACCAGGAGUGCCAUAUAUGUUGAGUCUUGCCAAUCGUCUGUAUGGAGAGAAAUCCUAUCAGUUUAUUGAUAAAUUCAUUAGUGACUCACAAAAAUACUACCAGGCUGGACUGGAGUCUGUGGACUUCAUAAAAAACUCAGAAGCGGCACGCGUCAACAUCAACAACUGGGUGGAGAAAACGACACAAGGGAGGAUCAAGGAUUUGCUGGCACAGGGGAUCCUUAAUAAUAUGACACGUUUGGUUUUGGUGAACGCCCUCUACUUCAAAGGGAACUGGGAGAGAAAAUUCUUCCGGUCAUACACUGUUGAUCGACCAUUUAAAGUGAACAAGAAUGAAACUAAACCAGUGAAGAUGAUGAAACAGGAUAAAGACUUUCCUCUGACCUUCAUCCCAGAGGUGAACAGUCAGAUCCUGGAGCUGCCGUAUGUCGGGAAGAAUAUGAGUAUGUUGAUCAUCCUUCCAGAUGAGAUUGAAGACGACACCACUGGACUUCAGAAGCUGGAGAAAACACUGACCUAUGAGAAGCUCAUGGAGUGGACCAAACCUGACAACAUGAAGAUACAAUACGUUGCAUUAUCUCUUCCUAAAUUCAAGCUGGAAGAAACUUAUGACAUGAAGAAUCUCCUGGUGAAACUGGGAAUGGUGGAUGCUUUUGAGAUGGGGAAGGCAAAUUUUUCAGACCUGUCCCACAAUAAUGAUCUGGUGGUGUCUGAGGUGAUUCAUAAAACCUUUGUUGAGGUCAAUGAAGAGGGAACAGAAGCAGCAGCAGCUACUGGUAUGGUCUGUCAGUGCCUUAUGGGACGCCUCGGCAUUUCAAAGGCUUUCAAUGCUGAUCAUCCCUUCCUGUUUUUUAUCCGACACAAUUCCACCAACACCAUUCUGUUUUAUGGACGCUUCUGUUCUCCAUGAGCUCCUUCUGGUAAAGAUGAUGUGAUUGUCAUGUAUUGUAUGGCUACAAUCACUGCAGAGCCUGAGGAGCAAAUCUGGAUCCUUCAGGAUACAAGCACUACUCUCCUACUAGACCACAACUUAGUAUACAUGACAAACAAUAAAUCCUUGGCAUUAUUUGCUUUAGCAUUUUCA